AUGAACGAUCAAACCACUGUUGCUCAAUAUUUGCAAACCUUUGUUGAUGCUGGCAAGGCAAGCUCAGAGCAAACAACUGCUGUUAAUAAAAUAUUUACUCGGAAUUGGUUGAAUACACUGGGCGAUGUCAAGAAUUUUACCGCUACAGAGUUGGGAAAUCUGAAUAUACCUGCAGCUAGGGAAAAUAAUGACGAAGUCGCUCGAAACACAGCUCAAAACAGGGCUCGAAA